AAUAACAGACACGGUUUAGGUGGCCUAUAUGGAUGGCAGAAGAAAGAUCAACAUUAGCUCAACAUGUCCUAUGGCGCAUCAUCAACCGCAGCAAGCAAGUUAGCAAGUGUUCAUCCGUGUGGAGAAAGAAAGAUGCCUCAUGUAGCAACCCGUAAGCUCUCUAUCUCACUCCUACUUGUUCCAAUCCUCAUCCAUUUCUUGAGCAAGGGUCGCCAUGUCAAUUCCUUAGCUGAACCAACUCCAGUACUCCAUAACGAAUCCGAUGAGCAUGCCCUCCUCUGCCUCCGGUCCCAGCUUUCUGACCCGUCAGGAGCCUUAGCCUCAUGGAGGAAUAAUACAUCUCGCAAAUUCUGCGAGUGGUAUGGGGUGACAUGCAGCGCACGACAUGCAUCGCGAGUCAUUGCAUUGGACCUGGAAUCAUUGAACAUCUCUGGCCAAAUAUUUCCUUGCAUCGCCGACCUCAAUUUCCUCACGAGAAUUCACAUGCCAAAUAACCAACUGAAUGGACACAUCUCGCCUGAAAUUGGCCGCUUGACUCGCCUUAGGUACCUCAACCUCAGUAUGAAUUCCCUCAGCGGUGAGUUACCAGAAACAAUGUCAUCUUGUUCCCGCCUCCAGAUUGUCGACCUGGUUAGCAACUCUCUGGAAGGUGAAAUACCACCUAGUCUUGCACAGUGUUCAGCUCUUCAGCAAAUUAUUCUCGGCAAUAACAAUUUUCAUGGCAACAUCCCUUCGCAGUUUGGUUUGCUUCCCAACCUUACUGCACUAUUUAUCCCAGGCAACAAGCUCACUGGCAUCAUUCCUACACUUUUGGGGAGUAGUAAGUCUCUCAAAUGGGUCAAUCUCCAAAAUAAUAGCCUCACCGGAAGAAUACCCCCAGAUAUGUUCAAUAGCACAUCACUUAUUUAUAUAGAUCUCUCACACAAUGAACUUUCUGGAUCUAUCCCUCCUUUUUCACAAACAUUCUCACCACUACAAUACCUUAGCCUAACCACAAAUAAUCUCUCAGGGGAGAUCCCUACCUCUAUUGGUAACCUUUCUUCCCUAAACGUGCUACAAAUGGCUCAAAACAAUUUAGAAGGAAGCAUUCCAGAGAGCCUGGGUAGAAUUGGUAGUUUGCAGGAAAUAGACCUGACUUACAAUGACUUGUCAGGACUUGUUCCAUCUGCAAUUUAUACAAUUACGUCUCUUAGUUAUCUUGGCAUUGGUGCCAACCAAUUCGUUGGGAGAAUUCCGAUUGAUAUUGGCUACACCCUUCCAAGACUCACACAUUUGAUACUAGAAGGUAACCGAUUUGAAGGAUCUAUUCCCAUCUCACUGGCCAAUGCUUCGAGCCUUGAAGUUUUAGAUCUUCGUAGCAACGCAUUCACAGGUCUUAUACCUUCAUUUGGACCCCUGCGCAACUUGAUUAAUCUGGAUCUGGGCGCAAACAGGCUUGAAUCCGGAGAUUGGACUUUCUUGUCCUCUUUAACAAAUUGCACCAAAUUAGAGACAUUGUGGCUGGAUCGAAAUAACCUCCAAGGAAUAAUCCCUACUUCUGUUGCCAACCUUUCAAAAAGCUUGGAAAUACUUAUUCUAAUAGAAAACCAGUUGACUGGUGGUAUACCUUCAGGGAUUGGGGAACUCACUAGCCUCACUGCCCUUCAAAUGGAUAAAAACUUAAUUUCUGGUCAUAUUCCUGACUCGCUUCGAAAUCUUCAAAACCUGUCCAUCCUAAGCUUAUCCCACAACAAACUUUCGGGAGAAAUUCCACUAUCAUUAGGGAAGCUAGAGCAGCUCACUAACCUUUAUCUAGAAGAAAAUUCUUUGAUCGGGCACAUACCAUCUAGUUUAGCAAGUUGCAAAAAUUUGCUGAGACUCAACCUCUCUUGUAAUGACUUCAGUGGAAGUAUUCCAAAGGAGCUCUUUUCCAUCACUACACUUUCUGAAGGCCUAGACUUGUCUCAUAAUCAUCUCACUGGAUGCAUACCUAUGGAGGUUGGUAGACUGAUUAAUCUGAAUUCACUUAGUAUGUCCAACAAUCAAUUAUCAGGCCAGAUUCCCUCCACCCUUGGUGAGUGCGUUCUUUUGGAUUCUCUGCACUUGGAGGAAAAUUUUCUAAAUGGAAGCAUACCAAGAUCUUUCACCAGGUUAAGAGGAAUUAACAAGAUGGAUCUGUCCCAAAACAACUUGUCUGGCCAAAUUCCAGAAUUUUUCAGGUCCUUUAGCUCAUUGCAGAUUCUCAAUCUGUCCUUCAAUGAUCUUGAGGGACCAGUCCCUCAAGGUGGUGUGUUUGCCAAUUCAAGUGCUCUGUUCAUCAAAGGAAACAAGAACUUGUGUGCAAAUUCUCCAAUGCUGCAAGUACCACUUUGCACAGCAUCAGCACCCAAAAGAAAGAAAACAUCCUACAUUCCAGCUGUCGUAGUUUCACUUACUACUAUGGCUGUAGUUGCCAUGGCAUGUCUUGCAGUAACGAUUCUGAAAAAGGAUAAGGAAGCUAAACAACCCAACAACCAAUCAUUCAAGCAGUUCAAGAUUUUCUCAUAUGAUGACAUAUUUCAAGCAACUGAUGGUUUCUCUUCAGCCAAUCUUGUUGGUUCUGGAAGAUUUGGAUUGGUAUACAGAGGUCAGUUUGAUUUUGAGGAAAACCCAGUCGCUAUAAAAGUCUUCAAGCUUGACCAAUUUGGAGCAUCAGAUAACUUCCGAGCCGAAUGCGAGGCAUUGAGAUACAUUCGUCACCGUAAUCUUAUUAGAGUGAUUAGUCUAUGUUCGACCUUUGAUACAACCCGAAAUGAAUUCAAAGCACUUAUUCUUGAGUACAUGGCUAAUGGUAACCUGGAAAACUGGAUCCGUCCGAAAGGGUACGAACAAAGCACCAAAGAACCAUUGAGUUUAAGAUCACGAAUAACAGUAGCUGUGGAUAUUGCUUCAGCAUUAGACUAUCUUCAUAAUCGAUGCACUCCUCCUGUGGUACAUUGUGAUCUGAAACCAAGCAAUGUCCUUUUGGAUGAUGAAAUGGUUGCAUGUCUCAGUGACUUUGGCCUUGCAAAAUUCCUUUCCUGUGACUCAUCAGAAGGUUUAAAUGAUUUGUCAAGAAAUGCAGGACCUAAAGGGUCUGUUGGAUACAUUGCACCAGAGUAUGGCAUGGGGUGCAAAUUAUCAUGUGAGGGUGACGUCUACAGCUACGGGAUUAUUCUUCUACAGAUGGUCACCGGAAAGAACCCGACUGAUGAUUUGUUUAAGGAUGGUUUAGACCUUCAUAACUUCGUGGAGUCGUCAAUUCCACAUGACAUUGGUGAGAUUGUCGAACCUAGUCUCACCAAGUAUAAUAAAGGUGAAGAAGCAGAGCAAGCCAUGGUUGGAAUGCAAACUUGUGUCCUGCAAUUGGCUAAACUUGGUGUAAAAUGCUCCAAGAUAUCACCAAAAGAUCGGCCAACAAUGGAGGAUGUUUAUGCUGAAAUCACGGCUAUCAAAGAAGAGUUAUUUGCAUUGUACAAUUAUGGAAGCAGAUAAGCUGUGAUAUUUAUGGCCCAGUUGCCCACUUAAAGAGCGGACAGUGAGCCUAUUCUUAGACGGCCUGGUUCUGCUUACGGCUUAUGACUUAUGGGCAUGGCUGUAGUUGUUUUGCCACGAAAGAUCAAUCAAGGCAUAACCAAAAUGGUGUAACCACAAACUCGGAAAGAUUAGGUCCAUGUCUUUUGAAUCAUGUGGGCAUUAGUCCGCAAAUAUGCAAUUCCAUUUCUACAUUUUACCAAUGAGAGCCCAUUCCCCUAA